UGUUGCGGCUUUGCUAGAACGCUAUGCAAACUCGGCCAAGUUUUCUUUCUACUCGCUCUAAGUCCGCCUGUGGUGAUAGAACUGGAACUCUACAGUCUUUACGAAAGAGAGCAUGCAAGAGCGCGUCUCUUUUGUCGGUAUCUUCGAUCGGAGGACAAGGAGAAGGGAGAAAACACAAUCCCGAUGCGAGUAUGGUGGUAGAUUACUAUUAUCACUUGUAUCAUCCUGAAAUUGCGGACAAUCAAACGGCCAUGGGAGGACGCUCUUAUAGUUUUGGUUCAAUUGCCAAGCAGCCGAAAGAUAAAAAGCGAUGCUUUGUAAUCAGCCCAAUAGGAGCAGAGGGAUCAGAGAUACGACAGCAUGCUGAUAAUGUGUUUUCAUUUAUCAUCAUGCCUGCAAUGCACAGCAGAGCAAUUGAUUGUGUGCGAUCAGAUAUGAUUAAUGACCUUGGACAGAUUACUGAUCAGAUGUAUGAAGCCAUCUUUGGAUGGGAUCUGUGUAUUACUGUGCUGACAUACCUCAAUCCUAAUGUAUUCUAUGAGUUGGCACUAAGGCAGUGUGUUGGUUUGCCUGUUAUCUGUUUGGUGGAAAAGAAUGUGUGUUUGCCAUUUGAUGUUGCUGACCUGAGAGUGAUUGAAUAUACACUUAAACCAAGUCUGUUGUUCAAAGGUUUGUAUUCUGAGCAGCUAGUGGAUGCUGUUGAUUAUCUUAUUGAUCAAAAGUGGAAAACAAAAUACUCUUUUGCAAAGUUCAGGCCAAGCAUUUGUUCAGCACCGUGUUAUUACUCAGAUGUUCAAGAUUUUUUGCAUGAUGGAGCAAAUGACUACGAAAUGUCUCCUGCUUGGACUGACCUUGUAAAACAAGCUAAUCAUCUAGAUAUGAUGGGAAUAACACUGAAACAUUGGAAGAGGUUUGAAGAUGAAGUGAAGGCUGCUGCUGCUAGGUGUUGCCAUGUGAGGCUGCUAAUUCUAGACAAGGAUAAUGACUCACUUGCCAGCUUUGCAAGUUGUCAAGGGAAGCAAUUGGAAGCAUUCAGGCUAAUGCUGGAUCACAUGUACUCAUUUUUUGGUACUAUGGCUGGAACAAGUAAUUAUAUAACUUUACGGAAGGUCACCAAAGGGUCAAUGAACUUUGGAUGUGCUUUGACAGACAAAGAAUUGGUAUAUCAGCCAUGGUUCUAUGACUUUUCAAAGGUAGACGAGACACCAUUGUUUCACACAGAUGCAAAAUCGCCGUUGUAUCGUGUUGUGAGUGAUGACUUCAAUCUUUUAUGGAAAUUGAAUGAAGCAUCAGACUCGUCAAUGGUUGUGGAUCUUGAAGACUCUCUGACCAAUUAGU